UAAUUUAUUGAAAUGUAGUCGUAUUUCCCAAAAAAGGGAGAAGGGUAAGAAAGUUGAAAUCUGGUAAAAAAAGUUGAAUUUAGGUGGCUGCAGAAUGAAUAGAAAAAUUCAUAGAAUUCAUGAGCUACUACUUCUACUUCUUCUACUGCUAGUCUGCUACUGCUCUAUUUAGCUGUCACUGACUCGUUAAGCACGAGAAGCAGCCCCACGUUGUGUUUUCCGUCUUGAUGGUUUUCUUAUCUGGGGUUUCCUGCUUUUUCUUCCUCUUGAAGGCUUGAUCGUUGAAAGAAAUUUCACACUAACAGUGUCACUUAAUCUUCGAAGUCUGCCAGUAUCGGGCUUUUGGAGAUGCAAAGAUGGUGAAAAAGGGAAAUAUUGCCCAUUAUCGAGAGAGAUUGGAUGAGACGCUUGCAUCUGAUAAUCUUAUCGAUGAGAAGAAACUUAAGACUCUUGUAAAAGAUCAAAUUUUGCGAUCAUUGGCGGAUAAUAAAGCCAUAGAUAAUAUUGAUUAUAUUACCGAAAAAAGGACCGUGGAAGUAUCAAAUUUUCUUGAGAUGCUGAGGAGUGCAUCUGAAAAUUAUAAUGCUUCAUCCCAUGAGACACAUCAUACGACUUGGAAAUUGAAACAGGAUACUGAAGAUUUUCGUGUCAUGUAUCGGGAGGGACCUGUAGGUUCUCCGUUCCAUUCUCUACUUGUGGAAGGUUAUAUAGAUGCUCCUCUGGAUGCUUGUCUGUGUGUUUCUUGGGAAUCAACCCUCUAUCCACGAUGGUUCCCUGAAACAUUAAUUCCAACUUUCAAAGUUGCAGAAGCCAAGAAAUUGCAGAAGGUCAGGAUAGGUGAAGAGAUAUCUUUAGUGAGGGUGAAGCUUUCGUGGCCAUUGUCCAGUAGAGAGGCUCUUCUCCACUAUUUUGAGUUUGAGUACUUCGAAAAUGAUCUUAUCGUUGUGCUCCUAAACACGAUUUCUAAUGCGGACAACAUUCAAAACGAAACUCAUGGCUUCACUAAUGAGGGAAUACCCAAGGCGGAUAACACAGUAAGGAUUGAUUUAGUGGGAGGUUUUGCUUUGCAAAAGGUGACCGAAAACAGGAGUUACUUUAGGACAAUAGGCAACCUGGACAUAAAAUUGGAUUUUGUUCCUCCAUCACUUAUAAAUUUCAUAUCGAGACAACUGAUAGGCAGUGGUUUCAGGUUCUAUAAGAAGACAGUUGCUUCAGUAUCUAAUGGAGAUGAAGCUUUUUCAAAGGUUUUGAGUGACCCUCUAUACAGUCGAAUACGUCAAGCUGUAUACUCAAAAAGUAAAUCAGAAAGUAGCCUCAAGGAAAAACAAACCAUUUCGGACUACACAGGCAUCAAUGAUGGGGAGCAGAAAACAGAUGUGCAAAAUGCAUAUAGAAAGGAAGAUGAGAAGAUUCUUAGCAAUGAAAAUAUUAGCAAACCUUUAGAGGGGAGCAAACCAAUUAGUAACGAGAUCGAGGAAGAAGAGAUCAAAGAAAGCAAUGGCCAUGUUAGUGGAUACUUGAUGCAGGAUAAACUAGCCAGUGAGAUUGAGGAAGAAGGGGUGGAAGGAAACGAAAAUGAAUUUGUGAAUAAUAUCAAAGAUGCAAAGGAAAGCCGUGGUUCAAUUGAUCAACCUCAAUCAGUGGAUUUUCAUAAUAAUGUGCCUAUAAGUCCCCAGGUGGAGAGAGCCCUAGGUACUUUGGAUAAACUGAUCAGUGUUGUCAAAGAGAAUAGACGCAAAGGUCUAAAUGGCAGCCAAUCUGGCCCUAAGAUAGAAGAAGAGGGUGCUGCUUUAUCCUCAACAUUGGGUAAACAAAUGAACUGGGUAGAUAAGCAGGGUACUUCCGUUGAAGAAAAUGACAAGGCUACUGCACAUGUAUCCAGGAAUGACUUGGGCAUUGAUAAUAUGAGGUUUGAAAAAUCAGAUCUUCAAGCUCAGGAAGAAAAUUCUCAAGUGGUACCUCCUGAUCAAAAUCCUGCAAUCGCCAAUUGGUCAAUACAUGCGCCUUCUGCCGGAAACAGUCCAGUCGCAGUUAGUUCCAUGAACCGUGAAGCUAAUGGCAUUCAUGAAGACAAGAAGAAGACUGGACAGCAAAAAAAGUGGAGGCUAUGUUGUUUUCACAUUCCUUCCGCGAGGCUGGUCUCAUGAGUAAUUAUAACCAGAGAAAGGACAAUACAAAUGGUAGUGUUUCGGCUUUUCACCAUCUUUAACAGAGAAAAUAGUUCGAUAUUGUACCUAAUGUACACUAGUGCCAUUUUUAAAUGAUAUAGUUGAUGAUCAUAAAUUCAAAACUGACUUAGGAAAAAAAAUUCCAUAUGAUUUCUUCUCUUUUUCUUAUUUAUCCUUGAAUAAAUUAGUUUGUAAGAAUGUAAAUAAUGAUUUUUUUUUUGGGCACCCAAUUGUAUGUUUUUGAUUGAAUAUUCAAGGUUUUGUUUUGUAAAUCAAUUUUUAGAUUGAGGUUUCAAAAUUUGUACAUCCUCAAGUCU